CAAUUUGUUAAUGGAACAUGUCCCGAAUAUCGUCGCAUCGUCGCAUUUCCAUUUUUUCAUCGACGAACGGCCCGCCUCGAUCGAUGGUCCGGGCGGAUUCCAAAAAUUGCUCCCCCUGCCCUUUGCAUUACCCAUUUGUACCGCGGAAAGUCGCGUGCGGUGAUUGGCCAGCCUGGGUCGCGAACGCAGUAAUGUGCCGUCAUGGCGACGCUGCCGCCGCGGAAAAAUCCGACUCCCACAAAAAUUUCGAAGCAGCACUUGACGCCGUUGCAAACGCUUCUGCAGCUGGGCUUCCCGAAACACCGGGCGGAAAAGGCGUUAGCGGCAACGGGACACCGCGGCGUGCAAUUAGCGUCAGACUGGUUGCUGGCUCACGUAAGAGAUUCAACUCUGGACUCUGAUACGCAACGGCAGUAUGUUCUGUACGCUUGUCCGACCGGGCCAUUAGCCGAGCAGCUCGAGCUGUUUUGGUCGGAGAGUAAAGACCUAGGAUGGAAUGGUGCUCACAACUUUAUACCGCAUAUUACCCUCGUCUCCUUCUUUAACGCUCCCGAUGAGUUCACAAAAGAAUUAGCGAACGCUCUUGAGAGUGUGGUUCAUCAGGAUGGAUUACACGAACAUAUCGAGCUGGAGACAUACGUGUCGCCUAAUUUCAUGGGCCUCUUCGUCAAGGACGUGAAUGCGGAGUGGCUGAAGAACGUUGCUCUUCGCUACGUCAAUAAAAUUGCCGCUCUAGGUAUCACUGCCGAACCGCAAGUAAAAUCUCUGCACCUUACGCUGGCUUACCAAUUCCCCGGCAAUAUGUUUCCACCGCUCCGCUCGAUGGUCGAGAAGCUAGGACCAAACACCCCGGCCAAUUGGGAACUCAGAUUAUACUCGAGAGACUCGAGAUUGCAGAAUUUGCACGUACACAAAGUGACGCACGCUCACGUGCCACGGGAACACGACGAGUUAGAGUUAAGAGUAGGCGAUUACAUUUACGUUCCAGAAGGAGCGUGUAACGCGUCCACGGACGGUUGGGUGGAAGGUAUCUCUUGGUUGACCGGUAUUUCGGGUCAUUUGCCGUUGAAUCAUACCAAGAGGACUGCGGAAUCGGACUCGUGGACGUUGCAUGCCACUGUGCCGAUCACCGACAUUAAAUGCGAGAGCGCGGAAGAGGAGGAGAUACCGAAGAUCAGGAGACCACCGCCAGUUUUGUCUCCAAGCGAGUCCACCGACGCGCCCGAUGGGAUUCCCACCGCGGAGGAGCCGAUGGCAGCGUCGGAAGCGCCCGAGACCCCGUCUAGAGAGAUCUUCAUAUGCCGACACGGCGAGAGGGUGGACUUCACCUUCGGCGCGUGGAUCCCGUAUUGCUUCGAGUCGAACGGUUGUUACGUGCGCCGUGACUUGAACAUGCCCAAAGAAGUACCAUCCAGGAAUAUCCAGGACUUCCAAAACGAUAGCCCGCUGACGACUGUAGGCGAGAUGCAGGCGAGUUUGGUAGGCGAAGCCAUGAAAUCGUCUAGUAUUAAGAUAGACGUAGCCUUCACGUCACCGUCGUUACGUUGCGUUCAAACGCUAGCCCAUAUCCUAAAGGGACUCGAGUCCGAUAUUCCGAUCAAAGUAGAGCCAGGCCUGAUAGAGUGGUUGGCAUGGUAUCCGAACGGCAUACCCGUUUGGAUGACCUCCGAAGAGUUGAUAAAGGCGGGUUUUAACGUCGACACCGAUUACGAUCCGAUCGUGAAGGCUAAAGAACUCCCACUGAAAGAGAACGCGACACAGUAUUACGAACGCAGUUACGAGCUGAUCAAGAAGAUCAUAGAAAGCACAGUUGGUAAUAUUUUGAUAGUAGCGCAUGCCGCUUCCUUGGCUGCGUGCACCAGACAGUUGACCGGUGGUAGAAUACCCCCGGCGGCUGAAGUCACUAGAUUAGUUCAAAGAGUACCUUAUCUGGCGUGCUUGACGGCGCGUCAAGAUAUUGACGGCUGGCAGCUCCAUCCUCCUCCCUUCCCACCGAUCACCCAUACCAGUAAUAGCAGAUUCGAUUGGAAAGUUCUAAUGUAAUAACGUUAAUGAGCACGAGCUUUUGUUGAGGAAGGCACUUUACAAAGCCUAUAUAAAUAUAAAAGACUGUUAUAAUACAAUGAAUUUUUAUGCAGGGCUUUAUCUAAUAUCGAUGAUAUUUGGAAACGAUAUCCAACGAAUUAAGAUAAAAGUUUUUUUCGGAAAGGAUGUAUUAUUGGUAUACGAUAAUAUUGAUCAAUACGAUAAAACCUAACCGAUUGCACGACACAAUUGAACAAUAUUUGCUUCCUCGGAUUAUGAUUAAUACGGGUAUUGAGGUAUAGUUUAUUUUUUAAUUACGGAUAUAGAACAAAUACUAGCCAAUAUGUUGUUAUUGAUAUCGUGCUGUACCAAUCUGGUGAAAUAUGUAAUAUAUAAGGGGCAUACUAGUCUUGAUUGAACGCAUUUUCUUGCCGAGUUCUUGGACGAAGCAUUAAACAAAGAAUUUAAAAAAAAUAUGAUAUUUAUAUAUAGUAUUUUAAAGUAAUAUACUAUUUUCUGAUUUUAGUAUUCAUAUCUCUGUCACAUACACACACACUAUUUUUUCUCUUUAACAUAUUAUGAAAUUAUAUAUCAAAGUAGAAGUGUACAGGGAAAUCAAUGAGGUGCUCUUACGCACAUUAUUCAUGGUCUCUGUAGAAAAAUGUUCCAUGCGAGCUUUACCAUUCCUUGGGAAUUUUAGGCUUAUGACGUGUGUC